CCAUUUUGUAGUCAUUUAAACUUGUCCGUGGAAUAAUGUGACUGCGCUCUGUGGAUACUAUGGAUAUACGUGUGUUUUCCACUUCAAAACUUCACCAUGAAGGAUAAAAGAAAAAGGGACAGGGAUAGUUAAUGUUUUUGUGGAGGUGUUUCGAUGAGGUUGAAUGGGAUUUGUUGGAGUUUUAAACCAUGGAAUUACCGAUGAAUUGGAUCUGGGUUUGUGUUCUAUUCAACGUGCCCUUGCUGGGAUGUUUCGAGCUACACCUUUCGGAGACGUUACAAACUGGGACCGUUUUGGCAAAUUUGUCCCUGGGGCCCGGUUGGACUUACAAAAUCGACAGGACUUUAACUCCUAAAUACAUUCAGAACUUUUUACAAGUGGAAUGGCAAGAAGGAGCUCUCCGUAUGUACCGAAAAGUGGAUUGUGUGCGCUUAUUGAGGAACCCAGUGCCUGUCUAUAUCAGGAUAGGGUCGUUGACGUCUGAGAAUUUUGUUUUGACACAUUUCAAUACAUUUGUACACGGACAGGACUGUUUUAUCAAAUACAAGAGAAAGAGCACAAUAGGUAAGCCCGACAUUCACAUCAAUUACUUUUCCAAACUGGAAGCAACUUCCUGCUUAUCCGCGGGUCAUUUGCUUGUGAAUGUAACAGAACUUUUGCCUGCGUUUUCGCGAAAUACCACUUUUUCUGCCUCCUGUACUACUGUAAAAGAUUUGAGGGCAGUUUUUAAACAUGGCAAUAUAUUGCUGGACGACAAAUACUGUUUGGGUGAAGGAGAGCUGAGUGAGGUACAUUUGUAUUGUACACUGCUUGCUCUGAGUGACCCGCGCGUCCGCAUCUCUGUGCGCGUGAGGUUGCGGUUGGUGACAGUGGUUGAGGGAGAAACCCAUGAGGAGCACACACCAUCACCAUCACACACCAUCCAGAUUGUGCCUGGCAAAUGGAACCACCGAAAACGGAGAAAUGUGAACACACCUCCCCAGUUUCAGCUCCCCAACUACCAGGUGUCUGUUCCCGAGAAUGAACCAUCAGGGACCCGUGUCAUCACACUGAAGGCCACUGAUCCGGAUGAUGGAGAGGCCGGGAGAAUAGAGUAUGGAAUGGAGGCCCUCUUUGACAGCAGAUCCAACGACUUUUUUGUAAUAAACCACCAGACAGGUGCUAUUACAACAGUGCAGCCUUUAGACAGGGAGGUCAAAGACACACACGUCUUCAAAGUAAUGGUAACAGACAACGGCUCCCCUCGGCGCUCAGCCACGUCUUAUCUCACCGUGACGGUCAGCGACACCAACGACCACGGCCCGGUGUUCGAGCAGACUGAAUACCGGGUAACCAUACGGGAGAAUGUAGAGGUGGGCUUUGAGGUCAUGACCAUAAGAGCCACAGACGGGGACGCACCCUCCAAUGCCAAUAUGGUCUAUAAAAUAGUCAAUGGCGGCGGAGUGAACGCUGGUUUUGAGAUCGACCCACGCCACGGGCUAGUGAGGAUCAGAGAGCGGCCCGACAGAGAGACCAUGUCCCAGUACCAGCUGAUCGUGGAAGCCAACGACCAGGGGAAAGACCCUGAACCCCGGAGCGCCACGGCCACCGUCAACAUCUCUGUGGAGGACGAGAACGACAACUACCCCCAGUUCAGUGAGAAACGUUACGUGGUCCAAAUCCCUGAGAACGUGGCCGUCAACUCUAAAGUCACUCAAGUCGAGGCCACGGACAAAGACGAGGGAAACAACGCUAAGGUCCAUUACAGCAUCAUCAGUGGCAACGUGAAGGGACAGUUCUACAUACACUCUCCCACUGGGGUCAUCGAUGUCAUUAAUCCCUUGGAUUACGAGAUGAUUAGGGAGUAUAAUUUACGGAUUAAAGCUCAGGAUGGUGGCAGGCCUCCGUUUAUCAACGGGACUGGGAUGGUGGUGGUCCAGGUGGUUGACGUAAAUGAUAACGCUCCUAUGUUCGUCAGCACGCCGUUCCAAGCCACUGUGCUGGAGAAUGUGGCCAUUGGCUACUCGGUAAUCCACAUCCAGGCAAUAGAUGCUGAUUCUGGGAAUAAUGCACGUCUAGAGUACCGUCUCACUGACACCUCCCCUGGUUUCCCCUUCACCAUCAACAAUAGCACUGGGUGGAUCACAGUCGCCGCAGAGCUCGACAGGGAAACCACAGAGUUCUAUACCUUCGGCAUGGAAGCGAGGGAUUGUGGGAUACCUGCGAUGUCAUCCUCGGCCAGCGUGAGCAUCACGGUCCUAGAUGUGAACGACAACAUCCCGACCUUCACAGAGAAGGUGUAUUCUCUGAAGAUUAAUGAGGAUGCUGUGGUGGGGACCAGUGUGUUGACAGUGACAGCCAUCGACAGGGAUGUAAAUAGCGUCGUAACCUAUCAGAUCUCUAGCGGCAACACCAGGAACCGUUUCGCCAUCACCAGUCAGAGUGGAGGUGGGCUCAUCACCUUGGCGUUACCCUUAGACUACAAACAGGAGCGCCAGUAUGUCUUGACGGUGACUGCGUCAGACGGCACGCGUUAUGACAUGGCACAGGUGUUCAUCAACGUCACGGAUGCCAACACGCACCGUCCUGUGUUCCAGAGCGCCAACUACCAGGUGACGAUUAGCGAGGACCGGCCCAUUGGGUCCACCGUGGUCGUCAUCAGUGCCACCGACGAAGACACGGGUGAAAACGCUCGCAUCACGUACAUCAUGGAGGACAACGUCCCCCAGUUUAAGAUCGACCCCGACACGGGCGCCAUCACCACCCAGAUGGAGAUAGACUACGAGGACCAGGCAUCGUACACAUUAGCCAUCAUCGCCAGGGACAACGGCAUUCCUCAGAAGUCCGAUACGACCUAUGUGGAGAUAAUAAUCCUGGAUGCCAACGACAACACACCUCAGUUCCUACGGGACAUGUAUCAGGGAACUGUAUUCGAGGACGCACCCAUUUACACCAGCGUGCUCCAGAUAUCUGCCUCCGACAGGGACUCCGGGUCCAACGGACGGCUGAGCUACACCUUCCAGGGUGGAGAUGAUGGGGAGGGGGACUUCUUCAUCGAGCCCUACUCUGGCAUCAUCAGAACAGCCAGGAAGCUAGACAGAGAGAACGUGCCUGUGUAUACCCUGAAGGCCUUCGCUGUGGAUAAGGGGAUUCCUCCUCUCAAAGCAGCGGUGGACAUCCAGGUGUCUGUGCUGGAUAUCAACGACAAUGCGCCUGUGUUCGAGAAGGACGAACUGUUUAUCUACGUAGAGGAGAACAGUCCCGUCGGUUCCGUCUUGGCUCGGAUCAGCGCCACCGAUCCAGACGAGGGAACCAACGCUCAGAUCAUGUACCAGAUCGUGGAGGGGAACAUCCCUGAGGUCUUCAAAUUGGACAUCUUCAAAGGCGACCUCACCGCCCUCAUGGACCUCGACUACGAGUCUAGAACCGAGUUUGUCAUUGUGGUCCAGGCCACGUCCGCUCCGCUCGUCAGCCGUGCCACUGUCCACAUCCGUUUAGUCGACAUCAAUGACAACGACCCGGUUCUGCAAAACUUUGAGAUUAUCUUCAACAACUAUGUGACCAACAAGUCCAAUAGUUUCCCCUCAGGGAUCAUAGGGAAGGUGCCUGCCCAUGACCCGGACGUGUCGGAUAAACUCCACUACAGCUUUGAGUCAGGGAAUGAGCUGAACCUACUGGUGCUGAAUGCAGACACGGGGGAACUAAAGCUCAGCAGAGACCUGGAUAACAACAGACCUCUAGAGGCCCCCAUGACUGUCUCUGUCUCAGACGGAAUCCAUCAGGUCACAGCUCUGUGCACCCUGCGUGUCACCAUAAUCACAGACGACAUGUUGACCAACAGCAUCACGGUGCGCCUGGAGAACAUGUCUCAGGAGCGCUUCCUGUCCCCUCUGCUGUCCCUCUUCCUGGAGGGUGUGGCAGCCGUGCUCUCCACCAGCCGCCAGGCCGUCUUUGUGUUCAAUAUACAGAACGACACAGACGUGCGGGGCGCCAUCCUCAACGUGACCUUCUCGGCGCUGCAGCCAGGGGGUCCCCCAGGGAGGUACUUCCCCUCCGAGGAGCUGCAGGAGCAGAUCUACCUGAACCGCACCCUGCUCCGGCUAAUAUCAUCACAACAGGUGCUUCCCUUCGACGACAACAUCUGCCUGAGGGAGCCGUGUGAGAACUAUAUGAAGUGUGUGUCUGUGCUGAAGUUUGACAGCUCCCCGCCCUUCAUCUCCUCCGACACGGUGCUGUUCCGGCCCAUCCACCCCAUCAACGGUCUGCGCUGCCGCUGUCCUGCAGGCUUCACCGGGGACUACUGCGAGACGGAGAUAGACCUCUGCUACUCAGGACCCUGCAGGAACAACGGGAAGUGUCGCAGCCGAGAGGGAGGCUAUACCUGCGAGUGUCAAGAAGACUUCACUGGCGAGCAGUGUGAGGUGAACGCCCGGUCGGGGCGAUGUGUCCCAGGGGUGUGUAAGAACGGGGGGAAAUGUGUGGACCUGCUGGUGGGGGGGUUCAUGUGCCAGUGUCCCCCGGGAGAGUACGAGAAGCCUUACUGUGAGAUGACCACCAGGUCCUUCCCUGGUCGGUCCUUCAUCACCUUCAGAGGACUGCGACAGAGGUUCCACUUUACUGUCUCAUUCAUGUUUGCCACCAGAGAGAGGAAUGCCCUGCUGCUGUACAAUGGGAGAUUUAACGAGAAGCACGACUUUAUCGCCUUGGAGAUUAUCGAGGAACAGAUCCAACUCACCUUCUCUGCAGGAGAGUCGAAGACCGUGGUCCAUCCCUUUGUUCCCGGUGGGGUCAGUGACGGCCAGUGGCACUCUGUCCAGCUGCACUACUACAACAAGGACAGCCUGCACCUGCUGGGGUCCAGUGGGGUGCUGGGGGUCCCUCUUUAUACUGCCUGGCUGGAGCUGACACACAAGGAGCCCAACAUUGGUCGACUGGGGAUCCCCCAUGGACCCUCAGGUGAAAAGGUGGCUGUGGUUGCUGUGGACGACUGUGACAUUGCCAUGGCAGUUCGUUUUGGCAACCAGAUCGGCAAUUACUCCUGUGCUGCCCAGGGAACCCAAACAGGACAGAAAAAAUCAUUAGACCUGACAGGACCGCUGCUGCUGGGUGGUGUUCCCAACCUGCCCGAGGACUUCCCUGUGAGGAACAGAGACUUUGUGGGCUGCAUGAGGAACCUGAGCAUCGACAGCAAACCCACCGACAUGGCCAGCUUCAUCGCUAACAACGGAACCACUGCAGGUUGUCCUGCCAAGAUCAAUUUCUGUACUAAGGAUUUGUGUCAGAACGGAGGAGUGUGUGUCAACAAGUGGAACACCUACAGCUGUGACUGUCCUCUGGGCUACGGGGGCAAGAACUGCGAACAAGUGAUGCCGUCCCCGCAGCACUUUGACAGCCAGGCCCUGGUGUCGUGGAGUGACCUCGACGUCACCAUCGCUGUGCCCUGGUACAUGGGCCUGAUGUUCCGGACGAGGCAAGGCACUGGCACACUGAUGCGGGCUAACGCUGGAGACUCUACUAUCAAUUUACUGAUAAGUGAUCAGUACGUGAGGUUUGAGGUGUUUCUGGGAUCUGAGCGGGUAGCGGUGCUGGGCUUCCCUCAAGUCCGGGUGAACGAUGGGGAGUGGCACCAUGUCCUUGUGGAGCUGAAGAGCGUCAAAGACGGCAAGGACAUCAAAUACAUGGCCCUGGUGUCACUGGACUACGGGCUGUACGAGAGGUCUGUGGAGAUAGGCAACGAGCUGCCAGGUCUGAGGCUGAGGGCUCUGUAUCUGGGAGGAUUACCAGGAGAGGGGAACCACGUCCACGAUGGCUUCACCGGAUGCAUACAGGGUGCGCGCAUGGGCGAGACAUCCACCAACGUGGUCAACGUGAACAUGCUGCAGGGCUUUAAGAUUCGUGUAGAGAACGGCUGUGACCUGGCUGACCCCUGUGACUCUAACAUCUGCCCUGAGAACAGCCACUGCAGCGACGACUGGAGCACACACACCUGCGUCUGUGACCCAGGGUACUUUGGGAGGGAGUGCGUUGAUGCGUGUCACCUCAACCCCUGCGAGCACGUGUCCACCUGCGUCCGCAAGCCUAGCUCCUCCCAUGGCUACACCUGCGAGUGUGGACAGAACUACUACGGACAGUACUGCGAAAACAAGGUUGAGAAGCCGUGUCCUCGGGGCUGGUGGGGGAACCCCAUGUGUGGCCCUUGCAGCUGUGACAUCAGCAAAGGAUUCAACCCUGACUGUAACAAGACCAGUGGAGAGUGUCGGUGCAAGGAUAACUACUACCGGCCCAAGGAUGAGGACACCUGCUACCCCUGUGAGUGCUUCCCUCUAGGGGCCCACUCCCGUACUUGUGACACACACACCGGACAGUGCCCCUGUAAGGCCGGGGUCAUUGGGCAACAGUGUAACCGCUGUGACAACCCCUUCGCCGAGGUCACCGCCACCGGUUGCGAAGUGGUGUACGAGGGCUGUCCCAAGGCCUUCGAUCAAGGGAUCUGGUGGCCUAAGACCAAGUUUGGCCGUCCUGCAGCCAUGAACUGUCCCAAAGGAUCUAUCGGAACUGCUAUCCGCCAUUGCAAUGAUGAAAAGGGCUGGCUGCCUCCUGAACUCUUCAACUGUACCACAGUCUCCUUCUCCCAGCUCAUGAAGAUGAAUGAGGAGAUGCAUCGUAAUGAGUCCCGGAUGGAUGGCGAGCGCUCCAAAGCGAUCGUCCGCCUGCUCCACAACGCCACCAACCACACGGACAGUUACUACGGCAACGAUGUGAAGACAGCGUUUCAGCUGCUGACCAGGGUCCUCCAGUACGAGAGUCAGCAGACAGGCUUCGAUCUCACCGCCACGAGGGACGCAGAGUUCAACGAGAACCUCGUGAGAGCGGGCAGUGCCAUCCUAGACCCUGGCACCAGAGACCACUGGGAGCAGAUCCAGCGCUCUGAGGGGGGAACCGCCCACCUGCUGCGCCACUUUGAGGAUUACACCAACACCCUGGCACGGAACAUGAGGAAGACCUACCUCAUACCAUUCACCAUCGUCACUGACAAUAUGAUCAUUGUCGUUGAUUACCUGGACACGUCUGUCCCUGGGCAGGCCUCAUUCCCUCGCUUCCAUGAGAUCCAGGAGUACUACCCCAAAGACCUCACGUCCUCUGUCCAUUUCCCACAGUUCAACACUAGGCCCCAGGAGUUCCCCAACAAAGUAGUCGAACCCAGCCCCAGCGCCGAGCCCUCUAAGACCGACGCCCCUGAAGAGUAUCACACCCUAUCCAAUAAGAGACGCCGCCAUGUCGAGCCCGCCGCCCCCCUGCCUGUUGCCGUGGUGAUAGUGUUCAGGUCGUUGGGUCAGCUCCUCCCUGAGAGAUACGACCCGGACCGUAGGAGCCUCAGGCUGCCCAACCGUCCAGUGAUCAACACCCCCAUAGUGAGCGCGUUGGUGUACAGUGAGGGUUCGCCCCUCCCCUCUCCCCUUGACCCCCCCAUCACACUGGAGUACACACUACUGGAGACAGAGGAGAGGACCAAACCUGUGUGUGUGUUCUGGAAUCACUCCAUCGCGAUUGGUGGUACGGGAGGCUGGUCGUCUAAGGGAUGUGAGCUGCUGAACAGGAACAACACACACAUCAGCUGUCAGUGUGACCACAUGAGCAGCUUCGCUGUGCUCAUGGACAUCUCCAAGAGAGAGCAUGGUGACGUGUUACCCCUUAAAAUUGUGACCUACACCACGGUGUCAGCCUCCCUGGUAGCCCUGCUCCUCACCUUCAUCCUGCUGGCUCUACUCAGGAAGCUACGCUCUAACCUCCACAGCAUCCACAGGAACCUGGUGGCCGCACUCUUCUUCUCCGAGCUCGUCUUCCUCAUCGGCAUCAACCAGACUGACAACCCGUUUGUGUGUACGGUGAUCGCCAUCCUGCUCCACUACUUCUACAUGUGUACGUUUGCCUGGAUGUUUGUGGAGGGCCUCCACAUCUACCGCAUGCUGACGGAGGUCCGGAACAUCAACCAUGGUCACAUGAGGUUCUACUACGCCAUGGGCUGGGGCAUACCUGCAAUCAUCACAGGUCUGGCAGUGGGUCUUGACCCUCAGGGCUAUGGGAACCCAGACUUCUGCUGGCUCUCUGUCCACGACACCCUCAUCUGGAGCUUCGCAGGACCCAUCUCUGUAGUCGUCCUGGUCAACAUUGUCAUCUUUGUACUGGCAGCUAAGGCAUCCUGUGGACGCAGGCAGAGGUCCUUCGAGAAGUCUGGAGCCAUUCCUGCUCUGAGGACAGCCUUCCUCCUCCUAUUGCUCAUCAGCGCCACCUGGCUGUUGGGCCUCAUGGCAGUCAACAGUGAUGUCAUGACCUUCCACUACCUGUUCGCCAUCUUCAGUUGUCUGCAGGGCAUCUUCAUCUUCUUCUUCCAUGUGAUCUUUAAUAAAGAAGUGAGGAAGAAUCUGAAGAAUGUCUUUACCGGGAAGAAGGCUUUACCGGAUGAGUCCAGCACUACCAGAGCAUCUCUACUGACUCGGUCUCUGAACUGUAACAACACGUACACUGAGGACGGUCCUCUGUACAGGUCAGCCAUUGGGGAGUCCACUGUUUCUCUGGAGAGUGCCGUCAGGUCAGCCAAAAGCCACAGCAGCUACCUCGCUUACACACUCAGGGGCGACUCUGGUCAGAAGCCCAGUGUGUCGUCGGCCACAGCGAAAGCAGGACACACUGACCUGGACGGAUCUCUGUUCCACAGGAACGGCACGAAAGGAGGAGACGACUCGGACUCGGAUAGUGAGUUGUCUGUAGAUGAGCACAGCUCGUCCUAUGCCUCGUCUCACUCUUCUGACAGCGAAGAUGAUGACAUGGACAUCAAGCCCAAGUGGAACAACGAGAGACAGCCUCUACACAGCACACCUAAAGGGACCAGCAUUGCAACCAAAGUGGAAGCAGUGUCCAAUCACGUGAAGCCUUACUGGCCCAAGGAGGCGACAACAGCCAGUGACAGCGAGGAUCCUGGGGGUGCAGAACGGCUGAGGGUGGAGACCAAGGUGAACGUGGAGCUGCACCAGGAGAACAAACUCAACCAUGUAGGAGAGAGAGGGGAAACACCGCAGGACAGGGAGACCCCCACUAGGGAGAAUGGACCUCCCAGUCUACCCUCCAAUGGACCCUCCAAUGGACCUCCAAGCCUACCCAACAGCACCCAUCAACCGGAGCCGAAGAAGGGCAUCCUGAAGAACAAGAUCACGUACCCUCCUCCCUUGACCGACAAGAACAUGAAGAACCGACUGAGAGAGAAGCUGAGUGACUACAACCCUCCCACCAUCUCUUCCUCCAUCCCUCCACCCAUCAUCCCUCCGUCCAAGACCCCCUCCGUGGCCUCCAACGACGGGGUACACCCCGUAUCUGUGGGCAAGAGCAACAGUGUAGUCAUCAAGCCGCCGAUUGCCCCACGGCCACAAUUACCACAGAACGGGGGCGUGGCUAUGAGCAUGAAGGCGAUAACGACCAACGGAGGCAACGAAUCAGACUCAGACGGCAGUAAUGAAACUUCAAUCUGACCCUGCAGGAAAACCAGAGUCUCUCUGCCCUUAUGAGAGGAGAAAAGAUGAUCUCUCACUGAAGUGGAGGAGGGGAGGAGGAGGAGAAUAAAGGAACAAGAGGAGAAAGGACAAUGAAAGGAAAAGAGAGGAGAAAACAUGAGAGCAAUGGCGAAACAAGAGGCGGGAAAGGGAAAGGUAUAAUUAAAAAGAGAGAAGGUAUCACACCCAUGUGCAACGGAGAGGUGACCUCUCGUCCUUCACCUCUCACCCUCUUAAUCUCGUAAGGAGAGCAGUAUUACUGCAGAGCCACGCCUGACGGACUAAAGUAAAGGCAAGAAAAGGGAAUGUAUGCGUCAGACUAAACCAAGUAAAGGAUGGGCUCCUACUUACUGGACUAAUGGAACCUCUUGUGCCAAACCACAUUUUUGAAAUCCUUGAAGACUCCACCCCCCAGAAUGAGUGACUCACAUUGGUCGAUCAGAGACUCUUAAGAGCCUCAGGACUGAUACAGAUAUGGAUGUAUGACCACUGCGUGCCGGUACAGUCAGAGGUAAUCCAGAGAAAGACUUCUAAGACUACAAAUCCUAUGGGAGAAACUCAGGAGAAACUCAAGAGACUUACCAAGUGCCCUGUUCCUCCAAGCGAAUCAUAGAAAGAGGAGCAUAGCCUUUCACCCAAUGCUUUUAGAGUGUAAUUAAUAUGUAGAUAUUUCAACAACAAAAAAUUAUAUAUUUUGUAUUUGAACUGUGUCAUCAUGGAUGAGACAAAACGACAUAUUUGUAAAUUGAAAAGAAAAUGCUUUUGUAAACACAACAAUUGUAGAAACCCUUUCUCAUUGUGGAGAAAUCACACUCUGUUAUAGGACAGGUUCUUCUGUGGCUCAGACUAGCAAACCUGUGCCUUAUCAUUGUGCAAACCAUGCCCAUCAUGGAGUCUCUAAUGUCAAGCUAACCACUACACAAGUAAUGCCUAUCAUGUGAUCGGCACUGUACAAAAUGUCUUCUUUUUUUUGUAUGAUCAAAGACACUGGAAUCGUUUUGUAACACAUGUAUAUUUAUUUUUAUGGUUUCAAGACACUGGAAAAAUUGAUUGUAACUGUAAAAUUAAAGAUGACACGUUGAAUUUUU